AUGGGGCUUUACUUGUCCAGCUACGACUGGUUGAGCACCCGCUGGCGGGGGCUCGCAAACGCCGACGCCGACCUCGACGACGGGGUUUGUUGGCGGCGGGGGCUGCGGUCGAUCGCGGUGCACACCCCAUCCGCGGUGAUUGCCCUCACGAGCGGGUUCCUCGCGGAGGUGGUGAGCUGCGUGGUGUGGGUCCCCAUGGACGUCUCGAAGGAGCGCUUGCAAUCACAGCCGCCAAGCCUGCCGGGGCGCUACCGAAAUAGCUGGGAUGCCUUCCGCACGAUCGCCCGGUAUGAGGGAUUGUUUGGACUUUAUCGCGGGUAUACGUCGACGUUGUGGAGCUUUGGGCCCUUUUCGGCAGUUUACUUCUUCAACUAUGAGAUUUUCACGGGUCUUUUGACCAAGUUCUAUGGAAAUGAUGGCAUUUCGACUGGGGCUGAUAAGGAUCCUAACAACAUCAACCAACGAACUCGUGUCCUCAUCGCGCUUGGUGCCGGAGCUGGCGGCAACAUCGUGGCGUCUCUCACGACAAACCCUCUCGAGUUUGUCAAGACACGAUUACAGGUGCAAAGGGCCAUUUUAAAAGGUAAUAAGAGUCCCCAUUAUAGGUAUCAAUAUCGAAGUCUUUAUGAUGGGUUGCGCACCGUUAUCAAGGAGGAGGGCGUACGGGGCCUGUGGAAAGGGGUGGGAUGCCGGAUGGCACAUGCCGCACCUAAUGCCGCCCUGGCCAUGGCAUUUUUUGAGUAUUUCAAGGCAAAAUUUGGAAAAGCCUAA